AAUGCAUGCUGGGCUGUAGGAGUUCAACGCCCAAAAUGGCGGCAGGAUUGAAAAGUUGGUCCUGUUUUCCCUCAGUUUGUUUUUUUGGUAGCUUAUCUUUGUUUGUAUAAUAAUUCCAUUAUUGUGUUUACUUACAAAAGAAAAAAGGAAUUGCCUUUAUAUCUCUGAAGAAUUAUGAUAGGGAACGAUAAACUAUUUGGGAUUUGUACUGGGCAUCCUUUGGCUACCAAAGUUGUUGCGAGCUAGCUUGAUUGCUAAUUUAGUUAGCUUUUUCGAGAUGGAAAGAAAUGUCAGAAACUGUGGCACCAGCGAUGCAUUCGAGUUGUGAAAGGAACACUAUGAUAAAGUAAAUAUGAAGAAGAUGACCUGCACAUAGAGAUGGAGGAUGAUGUGAAAAAAGUUAAAAAGCCUGGAAUCGUGUCUCCGUUCAAGCGGGUGUUUCUGAAGGGAGAGAAGGGUCGUGACAAGAAGGCCCAAGAGAAGUCCACAGAGAGGCGCGUCCUCCACACCUUCUCCCUCUCCCUGCCAGAUCACCGCAUCGACCCUGACAUCCUGCUCAACGACUACAUCGAGAAGGAGGUCAAGUAUCUAGGGCAGCUGACCUCAGUGCCAGGAUACCUCAACCCCUCCAGUCGGACAGAGGUUCUGCAGCUCAUUGAUAAUGCAAGGAAGUCCCACCAGCUGGCUGGUCAGCUCACGUCGGAGCAGGACGCCGUGGUGAGCCUGUCUGCGUACAACGUUAAGCUGGUCUGGCGUGAUGGCGAGGACAUCAUCCUGCGCGUGCCCAUCCACGACAUCGCAGCAGUCUCCUACAUCCGUGACGACUCGCUGCACCUGGUAGUGCUCAAAACAGCCCAGGAGUCUGGGGGCUCCCCCUGCCCCAGCUCCUGUCCAGAGCUGUCCAAGUCCCAGACUCUGAGCUCCCUCUCUGAGAGCGGGGCUGUGCUGGUGGAGGUCUGCUGUCUGCUAGUGCUGGCCGUAGAGAACAAGGCUGCAGCUGAGGAGCUGUGCUUGCUCCUCGGCCAGGUCUUCCAGAUGGUUUACACUGAGUCCACCAUCGACUUCCUUGACAGGGCCAUCUUUGACGGAGCCACGACCCCCACCAGGCACCUCUCUCUCUACAGCGAUGACUCCUCCAGCAAGGUGGACGUCAAAGAGGCCUUUGAGGCCGAGGCCAGCACGUUUUCUUUCCAGGACUCUCUGGAGGCAGGCGACAAUUCUCCGUCGCCGACCUCCACGCCGGCCUCACCUCAGACUAAGACGGCCAGCGAGGGCGAGCUGAGCACCACCGCUGCAGAGCUGCUGCAGGACUACAUGACCACGUUGAGGACUAAGCUGUCAUCUCAAGAGAUCCAGCAGUUUGCCACCCUGCUGCAUGAGUAUCGUAACGGCGCCUCCAUCCACGAGUUCUGCAUCAACCUCCGCCAGCUCUACGGCGACAGCAGGAAGUUCCUUCUACUGGGCUUGAGGCCCUUCAUCCCUGAGAAGGACAGCCAGCACUUUGAGAACUUCCUGGAGACCAUCGGCGUGAAGGACGGCCGCGGCAUCAUCACGGACAGCUUCGGCCGCUACCGCCGCACCGCCAGCUCGGCCUCAGACUCCACCACCAACGGGAACGGGGCUGCGGGGGGUGGAGCCAGCGGGGGCUCGGACGAGGGGCUGGCGCCCUCCGAGGGAGACGAGUGGGACCGCAUGCUCUCUGACAUCAGCAACGACAUCGAGGCGCUGGGCUGCAGCAUGGACCUGGAGGCCGUCACACCCUGACGGGAUGGAUGUGAAGGAGGAGCACCUGGGAAGGAUCCAGCCACCCUGGCCAGUCACUGAGGCCGCUUCUGUCCCUACCGGCCUUUGUAGGAACAGGCUAUUAUUAUUUGUUUAAUCAGUUUAGUUUUCAAUCUUUAUUGGCAGUAUCUGCCAACUUACAAGGAUGUAGCAGAAUAAGUCCAUCUUGAGCUGUGAGUCUCAACCCACUUGUAUUCACCAAAGAACUUUGGGGACUUUUUUUUUUAUUAGAUACUGUGUUAUGUUGAUGUUUUAAGGUCAGUCAGUAACUUAAUCCACAAAGUGAAUUCCUGCAUAUUUACUUAAUGUUGUAUAUGCCACACUGAUGUAUACCUCCUUUUAUGGUUUGUGUAUUUUCAUGUUUUACACUCUUUAAAUGUUUUAUAUAGAUGUUCACCCAUGUUGUAAUAUUCCAAUGAAUUGGGGUUAUUGAGAACUGAAAUAUAUCAAUUUUAACAGAAAAUUAUCGUUUGCAUUUGGAUGGAAACAUGUUUGACAAAGCCAUUUAGUGAAUGGCUGAUUUAACAGCUCUAGCCUGACAUUUCCGCUCAGUGAUUUUGACACAAUAAUGCAUUUCAACAUCAUGUUGUAAUAAUAACAUGAGUAACAUCCCAUACUACCAACAACAUACUCACAAUCACACUGUUGUGAUAUUUCCUGUACACAUGUCUGACCAGUCUCUGUGCCUUGAAAAGUAGUUGUGCUGCCAAGUGUCUCACCCAAUGGGGAAAGACUAUAUAACUGUAACAGUGCAAUGAAUGAGUGAACUGUGGUUAUAAAAUAACAAAUACUGUCAACAUA